AUGCCUGCCGGUUAUCAACCUCCAAAAUUUCAGCAGUUUGAUGGUAAGGGAAGCCCAAAGCAACAUGUGGCACACUUCAUUGAAACGUGCAACAAUGCUUGUACAUACGGAGACUACCUCGUCAAACAAUUUGUCCGCUCCCUUAAGGGCAAUGCUUUCGAUUGGUACACAGACCUUGAGUCUGGUUCCAUUGAUAGUGGGGAACAAAUGGAGCAAGAAUUUCUCAACCGCUUUUAUAGCACAAAGCGUACUGUAAGCAUGGUGAAACUUACAAACACACGUCAGCGCAAUGAAGUGCCGGUCUUCGACUUCAUCAAUCGAUCGAGGCAUGCAAGUCUAAACUGUAAAGAUAGACUUAGUGAGGCUUCAGGCAUAGAAAUGUGCAUUCAAGGUAUGCAUUGGGGUCUCCGCUAUAUUUUUCAAGGCAUAAAGCCUAAAACUUUUGAAGAAUUGGCCACCGGCACUCAUGAUAUGGAGUUGAGCAUGUCGUCAGUUGGAACUGAAUUGCCACCUGUCCACGAACUCAGCAAAGUCAAAGAAAGGCAAGAAUUUAAGAAAAUGGGAAAAUAUUUGCCUAAGAUUGAAAACAAGGAAUCCAUGAACGUCAAUACUUCUCAUGUGAAAUUCACCACAAGGCUAGGCAAUACACAGAGCGCAAAAUCGACUUCUUUUGAAAGAAGGAAGAAUCAAAAGCUUACUUUGAAGGAAAUGCAGCGAAAGGACUAUGAUAUACCGUGGUUUCACGAUGUUUCUGCAAUCUUUGAUGAACUCCUUGAGAUGAAACUUUUUGAGUUACCAGAGAUGAAACGAUCAGAUGAAGCAGGAAGGAGUGAUGAUCCAAAAUACUGCAAAUAUCAUCGGUUGGUUGGCCACCCUAUCGAGAAAUGCUUCCUCUUCAAGGACAAAAUCAUGGACUUAGCUCGCAAAGGGAAAAUUGAACUUGAAGAUGAGAAAUUGAGUUCAAACCAAAAUGCGGCUUCUGUUCGAGAGGGAUCGACGAGAGAAGAUGAAUACCCAGUCGAUGAUCUUGAUGAUAUAGGUUGGACUCCUGUGACUCGCCGUAGACGCCGAAAAUGA